AUGUUUGCUCAAAUCAUUCGUGUGGCGGCAUUUGCAGCCCCCUGUUUCGCACUAUACCGCCGCAAUGUAUCAUCGCCCUUGAGUAUCGAUAUCGAUUGGAACGAAGUGUUGAUCGAGUCCAAGACCACAGCCACACUUCAGUCGGUCGCAAAUCCUCCUAUGCUUGCAAAUAGUAGUACUCGUGCAAAUAUUCUUGAUUCACUGGGCUUGGUUGCUGCCGACUAUGUCCGCUAUGUACCUUGGUUCCCGUAUCCCCGCCUUGCGGUUCCCGAGAUCGAGGCGCCCAUAAUCAAUGAUACUCACUGUAUCACAAGCUGGGAUUUCACUUACGCCGACCAGCUGUUGUUGGAUUUCCUCUCUAGCACACCGAAUGUGUCCCAUAUCAUCAACUUCAGCACUACCCCGGACUGGAUGUGGGUCCUCGAUACUCCAUACAGCUACCCGGAAGAUGUCAAUAUCAUUGACUGGAACUAUAACAACGGCACCCAGCUACGGGACCAAACAGUGAAAGAACUCUCGGAUUAUUACCGCCGCUUGAUAUCAUGGUACGUCGAUGGUGGUUUCACGGACGAAUGCGGCGUUUACCAUGAAUCUGGUCACCACCUCGAUAUCGAGUACUGGGAAAUUCUAAAUGAAUCCGAGGCUGAGCAUGGGAUCGACAUCCCUCUCUAUAACCAGAUCUACGACGCAGUUACAGCCGCUAUUCAUGAAGUCUCCCCAAAGACCCAAUUCAUAGGUCUAGCCAUGUCCACGCGCAAUGCGACACGCGUACAGGACUUCUUGAAUCCAGCCAACCACAAAGCAAACACACCAUUGGACUGGAUCAGCUAUCAUUUCUACUCAACACCCAGCAAUGCGUCCACCCAGAGUGAAGCAGCACAAAGCUUCCAAAUGGCAGAUACUUUCAUUGGCGAGGUAGAGCAAAUCGAGGAAAUCAGAAAGCAAAUCUCACCGUUGUCCCGCACGACAGUGGACGAACUAGGUACUAUGGACCCACUUGGCUCAACAACAAUCUACCCAGACUAUACAAUUCCGGACGAGUACUGGGUAUGGAGUGGGGGGAUUUAUGCGUACAUAUUCUCUAAGCUGGCAGUUUUAGGCAUUGAUGCCGUGGGUGAAAGUCAGUUGAGCGGGUAUCCUGGACAAUAUCCUUCUGUUUCAAUGGUAGACUACCACACUGGACUUCCUACCGCGCGUCUACGGGUUCUCCAGUUGAUCCAGCAGAGUAUUCGUCUUGGUGAUAAGCUUGUACAAACGAGCAGUGACGAGACGCAGGUUCAUGCGCAGGCAUUUGAGACUACGGGUCAGGAGAAGAAGAUUUUGCUGGUGAACAAACUAGACCAGGUAAUCUCGAUCCAAGCUUCGAGUUUCCAGGGUGUAACAAUGGAGGUUGUGGACGUGAGCUCUGGGGGUGACAUCUGGCGGACUGAGACUAUUAAGGGAGAUACUAUUCAAUUGUCUCCAUAUGCUGUUGCUAUCUUGAGCGAGUGA